GACGUGCACGUGGGCGCUUGUUAGAAACUCGUUGCUUCCAUGAUGACCCAAGUGCGAUACGUGUGCAGCACGGUUUACGAAUAGUACGGGAUUGCUAUUUAAUAAACAUGUUUCUUCUUUUACAGGUCCCCGCCCUUGACCCGUAUGGCACACUUGGAACAAAUCGCUGCGAAUGCGAUCUCCACCGCUGUUCUUGCAGUGGCUGGAGUAUAUAACGGAUCAGUUCACGACCUCCAAUUCAGUCGUACCAAUUCAUCGCCACCUCCACCGUUUAUCAAGAAAGAAAGCUUUCAGUACACUCCUAUUAUCGGGCCUGAUGCUCCUCCGCGCCUCGAAUCGAAUCUUCCUCCUCCCGGCAGUCUUUCUGCGCGACUAAUACUAGGCCAAAGGAUAGAUGCAGGUGCUGUUGGGACUGUAUUUGAGGCAGAGAUCGACUACGGAAACUCUAGUCCUGAGUUGAAAGACUCGCUGCCUCCUCUUGUUGUCAAAAUAUCUCUCCCGCUCAAGAGCAAGAGGCUUAACUGGGAAGCAGCCUGCUAUGAGGAGAUGGAGCCUCUCUCCGAGGUUGUCGUCCCACGAUAUUACGGUUUCUUUCAGUUGGAGGUACCACCUGACAUGGAUCUUAAAUAUGGCACGGCGAAGAGCGCUCCCCGUUCCAUCUCCCUUCUCAUUGUGGAACACGUUAGGGGACCAGUCCUCGUAGGUCGGUCGUUGCGCGCCAUUGCCAGGGAGGAUUUGCUUGACAUGUAUAGUGAUCUAUCUCGUUUCAGCGUUCUUCAUGAGGCGUUCGACAUUCCAAUAUCCUUCGCUGGCUGAAGACGGGAUUUCCGGGACUAACUUUCCCGUAUAUGGGAUGAACUUACAGGUGUUGUUUGGUCGAUUUCGACUGUGCUUGAAGAAUGAACCUGGCGUUUGAAUUGAUACUCAGGGUUCAUCAAUGCUAUGUUGAUGCUAUGCUUCGUUGUCUUCCGAUAGGAGAAAUUCCCAAUCUUCCGAUUUUCUGAGGCGUCCUGUCUGCCGAUCAUUCUCAUCUGAAGGCACGUCCCAUCUUCUUUGAUUGCAGUAAGACACGGCAAUGCCCUCCCUUCGGCGCAGGAGGAUUUCCCCUGUAUUGUAUCUUCAUACUCUCUUUCGUCGAGUCGAUAGGUCGCCCAAUUUACAUAGAUUGACAGCCGCUGUGUUCACUGGUUUCUGAUCCAAACUGGGAAAGUAUAAGAAUUACAU